CGAGUGAGAUUGCGUUUGUUUAAAGUUCGGAUGGAAGAUAGAUAAUGCAGAUCCUGCAAAAUAACAACAGGGAUCGACAGAGCUGUCAUGGUUACACACAAAAACUGCGAAUUGUAUAUAGUCUAGUGUCGGAACCUGUUGUCCUAUGACGCAGUGUUCUUUCUUCAUUAAUACAGAAAGAAGCUCCUUGAAGACUAUAUUGAAAAACGCGCUAUGAUAUUUUGGAUUAUUGAUGAUGAAAAUGGUGCCAACAGCAAACAACAACAACAACGCGGAGUUUUUUUUUGGGAGGGUAUUAUCGCUGGUUGUUACCAAGGCAAAAGAGAAACCGGUGCUUUUUUAACUUUUUAUUCCCUCUCGUUAUAUUGCUUUUCUCUCUUUCACUCUUUGUGCUUUUUUUUUCCUCUCUUAAUUGUCGCGUUCAAUUGCCACCAAUGUCACUCAAACAUAACCCAAUGAAGAAAAAACAACAGCAACAAAACGGCAGUCCGGCAAAUGGUUCGGUUAGAGGACCUACUGCCAACUCGUCGACUCAAAACUGGGGCGAAGACGAGUACGAGCAAGUGAUCGAAGGCGUGAAAAAGAUAUACAAGUCGAAAAUACGACCUUUGGAAGUGACAUAUAACUUUGAAGGUUUUCAUUCUGCGCCCCUAACGGAAUCCGAUAUCGAAGCAAAGCCGCUUGUUCUACUAAUUGGUCAAUACUCGACGGGUAAAACGACCUUUAUACGGUAUCUGCUUGACAAACGGUACCCAGGCGAACAUAUUGGCGUGGAGCCAACAACAGAUAAAUUUGUUUCAGUCAUGUAUGGAGGCGAGGAUCGGGUGAUUCCUGGUAAUGCCGCCGCCGUCAACCAAGAUCUUCCCUUCCGAGGUUUAAAUCGAUUUGGCCAAGCCUUCUUGUCGAGAUUUCAGGUGAAAGACAUUCUCAUUAUCUAUUCGUUUGAUAGAAAGGUAUCGCAAACACCAUCACCCGUAUUGGAAAACAUGACCAUCAUCGAUACACCGGGUAUCUUGGCUGGCGACAAACAACGCGUUGAACGUGGAUAUGACUUCACGGCGGUAAUGGAAUGGUUUGCACAACGCGCGGACUUGAUUCUGCUCAUGUUUGAUUCGCAUAAACUGGAUAUCUCAAAUGAGUUUAAAUUGGCCAUCCACAGUCUUCGAGGACAAGAAGAAAAGGUCCGUGUUGUACUGAACAAGAGUGACAUGGUCAACCAACAGCAACUUAUGCGAGUGUAUGGUGCCAUGAUGUGGUCGCUUGGCAAAGUAGUUCAGACACCCGAAGUCAUGCGCGUAUAUCUUAGCUCUUUCUGGACUGAGAAACCACCCAAUUCUUUCGAGGAUUGUCGAGAGUUGAUUGAAGCUGAAUCAAAGGAUCUAUUACGCGAUUUAAAGGAGCUGAGACGCAAUGCGGCUAUUCGAAAGAUCAAUGAAAUUGUGAAACGAGCACGGUUAGCACGGGUACAUGCCAUUAUUAUCGGUCACUUGAAAAAAGAAAUGCCAUCCAUGUUUGGCAAAAAGAAGAAGCGACUAGCUUUACUCAACAACUUGGAUCAAGAGUUUCUCAAGAUCCAACAACGCCAUCACUUGCCAGCAGGCGAUUUCCCCAAUCCAGAAAAGUUCAAAAAGGCUUUGGAGCUGUACGACAUUGACAAAUUUAAAACAAUCCAAGACAAUCUCCUACACAAGGUUGAUGAUGCACUUGCUGUGGAUCUGCCGAAACUUAUGUCCAUGUUUCCCAUGGGUAACCCUGAGCUUGCUGAAACUGAGCGUAAUCCAUUCGAAGAUAUGGACUCUGCACAGCCUACCGAAUAUGGUCAACUGCCUGCGAACUUUUGGAACUUUUCCUCGGUUGACAAAUCAUCUUAUACAUCUGUUUUUCAAAGAUUACAUCCGCGUGAUGGCGUUGUAUCAGGCGCCAAUGUCAAGCCUGUCCUGACGGAAACAGGUCUUCCUACUGACAUGCUCGCUAAAGUGUGGCGACUGGCUGAUUGGGACGGCGAUGGAUAUAUGGAUAUCGACGAAUUUAGCGUGGCAAUGCAUCUGAUCAAGGCCCUGGAAAACGGUGCUGAAAUACCAGAGAAAUUACCAUCUACACUUAUGCCGAAUAGAAAGAUCUAA